AUGUUUACCAAUUUAAUUUUAUCAACAGAUGAAAUCAUUGCAGAAUUCAUUCCAAAUAACAUUCAGUUAGAAAUAAAUGCUACUUCCUUCGUUACUCUUAAAUUCAGGAAGGAAAUUAACAACACUGUCAACUUAGCAUUUAACUAUGCUGGUCCUGACGGUGUUGUCAAAAAAUUUGAAGAUGUUGAAAUCAUAAAGUUAUUACCAAACAUUUCUAUAGAAAAUGCUUCGACAGUUGAAUUGAAUAUAACAGGUGUAAACAUUGGGCAGAUAACUCUGGGUCUAGAGUCAAUUGGAGAGCCUAACUUGAGGUUUAUAUGUCAGAAUUUUCUUGCAUUUUUGACCAAAAUUUUUAUGGCUGAAUUUGAAAUUUUCUAA